AUGUCAUGCGAUAUUCUUAUAAUUUACAUCUCCAACAUCCCCCUCGAUUCUAAUACCACCGUCAGUUAUCAGCAGCAACCCCCCUUAAACUGUUAAAGCCGAUACUCUGUUACCGAAAUAGACUUCAGAUACUCCAAUUGACAGUUGUCCCAGCCUUUCGCAAUGGGGGUAUUUCCGACUAAGAAAUUUCGAGGUGCUGCUGAUACCAGCACAUUCGCAGUAAGAUAUCGCGGAUUGAUGGCGAAACAUCCGUUCUUGCUCUUUGGAUUACCAUUUAUGUCUGUCAUCGUAGCGGGUUCCUUCGUACUGACACCUGCUACGGCUAUACGCUAUGAAAAACACGACCGGCGAGUUAGGCAAAUGACUCGGGAAGAGGAAUUGGGCAUCAGCAAACUCGGCCGGAGAGUUAAUAUGAAAGAUGAAUACUAUAGACUCGCUGCGAAAGAUAUCGACAACUGGGAGCAAAGGCGAGUCAAAAGGCUUCCGGGAGAACACGACGGCGUGCUAUAAAAGAGCUUAAUCCAGAAAUUGGGGUGAAUCUUCUUCCGACCACUCGAGCAAACUCUAGUUUACUCACUUCGUGAAGAGCUUGGUCUAAAUCAUCGGGCUCGGACACUUUAUCAAGCUCAUCCACUGGCACAACUGUGUCGAUAACGGGAAGCCUUCUUUAUUGGCCAUUUCCCAUGUAUAAGAAUGGGUAUCUUG